AUGCCUGUCAUGAUUUCUGUAUUAAUUUCACUGCUUAUUCCAAUUGUUUUAUAUAAAGGCGAAUACUGUGGUGAGAAUAAAAUACCAUUUGGAAUUGAAGUUCAUCCAAAUGCUCAACCAUUGUUGCACUGUUCUCGUCCAUCUUGCUUUGAACGUCGAUAUGCGGAUUGUGAUGAUCGCGCACAGCGUAAAUCUUGUGAAUCAAAUGAUAGCUGGGUUGGAGGCUUUGAAAAGGGUUACGGGAAUCAUCAACCAUUGUAUGUGCAGUGUUGUACGUUUGAAGGCCUAGCCGAUCAUUCCAGUCCGCUUUAUCAUACAAUUAUUAAGCCUGGACAGUAUUUCGAAGGUGAGGAGCAAGUUGAGGAAGAAACUGAUACGGUUAUCUCAUUCGAUGUUAUUACAGAUUUCAAGAUGAUUCGCUCAACUAAUUUAUCGAUUUUUUACGAAAUGGCAGUACGACGUUUGCGAUGCUAUGAGUUACCUCCCGUAGACAGGAUUAAACGUACAAGACGUUGGCCGUAA